UAAGAAUGGACCAACCUUCUUCAUUCUCAGAUAGCUCUCAAGGGCCGAUAUUUUAUAACCAAGAGGUGUAUUCUUGUGAGCGUAAGGGAAAGAUUAAAAAGGCACCUUCAAGAUCUCUCAGUCCUCAAACUGUUCAGCCGAAUGCCGAGUACAAAAAUUUAUUCACAAAUCCAACGAUUGAAUCUUCGAUGAUAAGAAACAAGCCUCUAGUUCCAGAACUCAAAGAGAGUUAUGAAAGAAUGUUGCUCUACCUGGAACAACUUUUUAGAGAAAGGUUUGUCAAAGUGAAAGGUGUUGUACAUAAUCUAUUCAACCCCUUUUAUAAAUUGCAUUCUGGUAUGAGCUCAGAAGAGACUAUCAACUCCUAUCUGCUUUCAAAUGAUGAGACUAAAAAGAAUCUUGAAAUCAAGAAGUUCAAAGAAGUAGUAGAAUCUACUCUUGCUGCUGAAAGAGAGUUAUACAUCGAACGUUUAGCUCAUGAAGUCACAAUUCUUAACGAAAAGGUAGUCACUUUAGAGAAAGGCUUCUCCACAGAGAAGGUCAAAGCUUGAGAUGAACUUGAGGUUCAAAAUAAGAAACUUAGACUUCAAAUUAUGAAUCUUAAGAAAAGUACAGAAGAAUUACAGAAUAUCAAUGAGAACACUCUUAAUGAGCUUGAAGAGAAGAAUAAGAUCAUUGAAAAGCUCAAGAAGGAUAACUCUAGUUCCAGUUUUAACCAAGAACACCUAGCUGAGAGACUCCAAAAAGAGAACUCAAUUCUUGCAUCUCAGCUUCGAGAAAUGCAGGAUGAGAUAGCUGAAAAUUGCAAUAUGAGCAGGAUGCAAAUAAAAAGUCUCACUUCCCUCGAGAUGGCUAAUAGUAUGCUAAGUGAUCAAGUUAAGAAUCUCCAGAGUGAACGUGACAAGCUCUUGAAUAUUGUAUCAGAUAAAGAACAGGAUGACAAGGUUGAAAUAAAUAAAUCUCAGCUACAUUCAAAUCUACAAGGAAUAGCCAAAGUUAUGAACAAAAAUGCGAAACUCAAAGAGUCCCUUACUUUAAAAGAGAAGGAAUGUGAAAACUUCCAGAGCGAAGUAUCCAGACUUAGCCAAAUUAUCAGUCUCAAAGACAAAGAAAUUACAGAUAUUUUUACUCAACACCAAGAUCUUCAGACUAGAUUUAGCACAGAACUGACUCAGAAAGACUUGUUCAUUCAGGAGAAGAUAAAAUCAAUAAAACAUAAAAAUUCCAAGAAAAUAGAUAAGCUAAAGACUACUUUUGAAAACAUUCUCAACUCGAAAUUGGGUGAAAUAGAAAAUGAAGCUGUCGGUCAAAUCAGAGAGGCUAAAAUAAAGGAAGAACAAGCGAUGAAGAACCUCCAAGAGAGAUCGGAGUCAAUUAAAUCAGACUUUAUGUCUAUUCAUGAGCAUGAGAAAAUAAUGAAUGAGAAGAUUCAGACUUUCAAUAAACAAAAGGCUAUAGAGGUUGAGACUCUCACUGAGAAGUUUGAGCAAGAGUUUAGACAUCUUAAGGAAACCUUCUCGCUGAAGACCAAUAAUUCUAAGGAUAAGCAUCAGCUUAAAAUUCAAGAAUUAAAUGAAACCAUUGAGAAGCUGAGUAUUGAACUAGACUCACUAAGAGAAAAGGACGUUGAACUCUACCAGAUCAAGAACGAUCUUAGAGAGUCUCAAGAGAGACAGACAACAGCUGAAGAGAAAAUAUAUGAAGCUGAAAAUGAGAUAAAUGAACAACAAAAGAUCAAAGAUGACCAAAUUUCAGCUUUAAAGGAGAAAAACUCAAAAUUAAAGACAAUGAUAAAAGACUUAGCAAAGGCUGGGGAUGACGCUCAAACACUUCUGUCUAAAGAAAUUGAAGUUUUGAAAGGUAAAAUCCGCUCCUUAGAGGACAAGCUCAAGGACGAAAUUCACUAUUCAAAAACCAUGAAGAAGGAAAAACUAUUACAGGAGCAAAAGAACAUUGAGCUUAUACAAAAUUGCCAAGAAAUUGAUCAAAAGUACAAAGAAGCCCUUGAGACCUUGAAGGAACAAAUGGUAGCCAAAUCAAAAGAAGAUGAAGCUAUCUUUAAGAAAGUCCUUGAUGAGAAAGUGGCAAAGAGCAAACUAUGCGAGGAUACGGCUAAAGAGCUCCAAAGGCUGCAUGAACUGUACACUAACCAAAAAAGUGAAUGCGAAAAUUUGAAAAUUUCCUUAAAGGAUAAAAACAGAGUGGUCGAUCAAAAAGUCCAAAAGAUGCACAGCCUCUCUGAAGCCCUCAAUGCAUCACAGAGAUCACUUGAGUUGCAUAAAAAGGAAGCUAAGAAUAAGAGAUCGAGGCUUCAGAAUGCAUUCAAAUCUGCAUUCUCAACUCUAAGAGCUGAGAUUGCAGCAAUAAAGUCUAACAUGAGAGGGGAGAUUGACACUUUACAAAAGUUAAUGAAGAACAGCAUGGAUGGGGUUAUUAUUAAAUAUAACGAGUCAUUGCUGAAAGUCACUACUGCACAUUCGUUAGAAAACCAAGAGCAACAACAGAAGUUCCAAGAGAGAGUUCUACAAGUGAAGCUUGCAGCUAAAGAGGAAGUAAAUGCUCUUGAGAAACAGAUCACAGAGAUUAAUUAUCAGCACAAAGAGGAUAUAAAUGAGCUUGAAAACCAACAUAAGAUUGCGCUUGAAAACCUUAAAAGACAUUAUAACGAUAAGUUCUCUCUUCAAGAGAAAAGUAUCGAGAAUUAUAAGCAAGAAGUUAAGAAAGAUUUUGAAAAUAAGAAAAGCCAAAAUGAUACUGUGCUAACCCGAAAUGUGCUUCAAGAAAUCAGAAGGUUUGAGUCUAAUAUGCAGACAAAGUCAUCUGAGAAACCUCUGACCCUUAGCCAGCUAAAGCCUGAAAGAUUGACUUCAUCAACAUCUAAUCUUAGAAAAAUAGAGCAAAUUUCAAAAAAACUUGAUUCCAAGAUUCAAGACUUGAAGUAUGAUAGUUUUAACUGCCUGAGCAGCUCUUGUUCAAAGUUUUCACCAAAAAGAGCUACCUUUGGGAAUACGAAGGCUACUCUUGGCUUCAUGUCAAACCCGCAUCUUUCCAAGAUUUCCUGUGACAAAGAGAAUCAUUUAAAUAAUUUUGAAUAA